GACUGUUACCUACUUCAGUAUAAACUCAGAGUUUAACGAGUCAACACUCAACAGUUUCCUCGUUCUCAAGUUUGUUUUUAAAGUGAGUGAUGCCACCAGUGAUGUCGAGCAUGUAUAAUAACUAUCAUCCGUUGGACUAUAAUGGCCAACCACAGACUCAAACAACUACAACAACACCGAGUGAGGUGCAUAUCAAGAGACCCAUGAACGCAUUCAUGGUGUGGUCAAGGAUACAGCGACGUAAAAUAGCGAUAGAAAACCCGAAGAUGCACAAUUCAGAGAUUUCGAAACGUCUAGGUGCCGAAUGGAAAUUGCUGUCUGAAAUCGAAAAACGGCCUUUCAUCGAUGAGGCUAAACGUCUUCGUGCUCUACACAUGAAGGAACAUCCGGACUAUAAGUACAGACCAAGGAGGAAACCAAAGGGACCCUUACCAUCCGCACUUAAACCCGGUAUGAAUUUUACCAACAUACCUUAUGGAUAUUUCCCGGCUAUGGAUUCUUUAGCCGCGCCAUAUCCUUAUUUCAACCCCACAUUCGAUAUGAGGAUGGGGCUCCACAGUCCCGUGGAAAAGGCUCAAGUUCCUCAUCAACCAGCAGUAGUAACAUCUUUACAUUCUUCAUUCUACCCAUCGUUGUACCAUCAAUCUCAGAAAUCGUUCCCGUCUCCACAACUUGGUAUGUACUCUAUGGCUCCGUCUUCUAUGUCGUCUAUGCUUUAUCCAACAUCAUCCAGUUCAACAAGCCCGGUAACCCCAGAAAUGGACAUGCGAAGACCUGUAGUGCCUGUGAUUUAUUAAAACUAACUGUCCAGUGUUUCUUUCGAUACGAUCUGAAACGGAUCACCGUAAUCAUAUCGGUAUUGAAAGAUGUUUUUUUUUUUGGUUAUUAGAUAACUGUAGUGAUACGACGGCGAGAUCAGAUUUUUCUGAUUCUGUUAAAUUAUGUGAUAAUUUUACUAGCAAUUUAAUUGGGUCAGACUUGACGAUGGUAAUACAAAUAUUGUAAAUAUACUCGACUCUGUAAAUAUUGUAUUUAUGUAAAUACUUCAUUCAUUUUCUUGUUAAUGAAUUUAUUUAUUGUUCGAUAUUGUCCUAUUAUUUAAUAAAAGAUUGAGAAUA